AUGGGUACAUUCCCUUUUCUGCAACUUCCCCGCGAGCUGCGGGACCAGAUAUACUCCGACUACUUUUCUUCUCCCAAUAACACCUACAUCUUCGACUUCCCCUCCAAGAAGCUCCGCAAAUCCGACAACAGCUCGAUCGACGUUGCUUUAAUUGCAACUUGCCAGGCUAUUGCCCAGGAGACUCGGGGCCUGGCAUUUCGCAUCAACACCAUCACGUUCAACACUAUUUAUUCCGAUGACCUCCGCGCCCAGGCCUACCAUUUCGACGCCAUCCUUCGCCUCCGCACCUAUGGUGUAUCCUCCUUAUUUGUGCGACACGCUGGAUUAAUGGAUCAUACAAAGAUGCAAGAUGUGACAAGCCGAUACCCCAGGUUAAUAACGGCCAUAGAGGAUUAUAAGAAGUUCCUCACGGAUCCUGACCAUCGGUGGAAAGCGCUACGCAAGUGGGAGGGUCUCCGAUACAGACAAUAUCGCGCCAGUCUUGCGGCCUUGCGGAGUUACAUAGGGUCGCUUCCGGCCGAUGCGAAAUAUCCAUAUCCCUCCAAACCUGAUCGUCCCAGCGAAAGAAAGGCCGUGGAAGAAUUCUUGGCGGUAGACAUAAAUCCCUGGGAUAUCCCCACCGAAACGGACCUUCUUGGCGAUUUUCUUGAGUUGGCUAGUGGUAUCAGUAUCGAAAAACUACGUGGAGAGAAGUCCACUAUCCACGAAGCCCAAAAGACCAAGAUCUGUCACCCCGACAGUGGGAAAUAUCGCUAUUCUGCGGCUGCAGCGGCGAUUUGCUUCCUGCGCUCCACCACGCCGGAUGCCCGCGCUCGGAUGCGCAACAUUCGGAUUUGCGAAGACCUGCCUUCAGUAGCAGACCCUUCGUCUCAUGCUCUUGGACUCAUCCCGUUUUGCCAAGAAAAUCCGGCUCUGCGUAUAGUGCGUCGUGCCAGUCUCUGGAGGAACAUUUUCUAUGAGAUUCAACCCCAAUAUUCAUGGCAGCGUCGUAUUCGCUACAUACAUCACCAUGCGACUCAUAGCCCUGGUUGGGCUCCGGUGGCUGGAGAUCUCCCAGUGAUGGACUUUGGAAUGCCUGUAGCACGUUGGAUGGCGGAAGCCGGUGAUCUUAGCUCCAUGGGAAUGCCUGCGGGCCAAUACACACUCGACCUUGAUGGUGAUCCCUUUUCGGAGCUGGCGACUAAAGUAUUUAGAAACGGGAUCCAUCUAGCUGCCCUCCGGCAAGAAACCAUGGCCAAGGCCCCGCUGGGGCCCGACGGUAGAUGGAAAUGGCACCCAGAAUCCCAUAAAAGUCAAGACUGGUUCCUCUGUGAGGGCUUCCCUGAGGUACUUGGGGACUUAUCAAGCAACCCGCGAUCCGGACUCAUAACGUGCAACUUUGACCCGGGGAGCCCUCUUGGGACGCCGGAAGAAAUCCUAGCUACGCACCCAGAGUGGCACCAUCAGGAUUGGGAAUAUGAGCUCCACGAUUGGCCAGGGACUAACAAAGAGUGGCCGGGCCUGCAGCACGACGACGACGAAUUAGUCUUGCUGGGUUGGGGCGAGGGGUUUAUGGAAGACAACAUGCUUGAAAGUUAUCGUAAGAAAUGGCCGAAUGGGCCUCCUAACGGGCCAGGUGGACCUGAAGCUCCCGACUGGGUUGAGCCAACUGAACUCAGAGAUGGCAGCGAGUACCAGCCAAAUGACGCAGGAGGUAGCUAG